AUGAGGUUGUACAUAUACGUGCCUUUGGCACUUUUUGAUUGCUGCACGAGCGUUCAUAGCGCAGGUGUUUUAUGGGUGUUACAGCUGGGAGAUCCGACAGGAUGGUCAUUGGGAAGGGGAGAUGGGUUGUAUGAUCGAGCCGUUGAUCUUAUGCAUCGGGGGUGGGGUGGGGAGUUGCCGCUGUAUAUGUAUGUGUACAGGGAUAUCCACGCUCAGCAUUGUGCCUUCGAUGUCCUCGAGACGGACGAGGCGCUUGAGUUGUACAACAAUGAAACAGUAGUGUUGAACUUGGACGCCAUUCUUUCUUGUUGA